UAAUGGGGUCGGAUUUGGGCAAAGACUUGAAUUUUUCGGAUAGUGUACGGAUAUUACCCACAUCCGACCCGCAUUAAAAAUAAAAAAGAACUACCGAACUAGUUUCAGGCUUUCGCCCUCUCACUCUCAGCUUCAGUACAACGGCUCUAUUUUGAUGUGAUUCACCUGGUUUUCUUGAAGAAGGGAGAGCUGCAAUGGAGGUUUUGAUUGAAAGGAAGGAAGGCAUUGAAGAUAAAAAUGAACGGUGCAACCAAAAUGGGGUUGAGAUUGAAACAUUUGCGGCUUUGAUUGAAGAAGAGGGCCUUGAUAGCAGUUCAAGCUGUGAUAUUUUUUUGACAUCUGAGAUUACAGGGCAUGAGGAAGAGGAACAGAGUCACAGUAGCUCUGAGUCAUCUUCACCACCUUCAUUGGGCUGGCCUAUUCAGAAAGCUGAAGGUACCAGACUGCACCACUAGUUCUAAUGGUAAUGAAGAUGAAAGAGAAACCCCACUUGGAUGGUGGUAGGAAUUUAGAGAAACAAGGUUCAGCAAUAUCAAGUUUUAACUCUCUCUCUCUCUCUCUCCUUCACAGUGAGACACAUACAACCACAGAAACACAAAUGUUAAAAUGAUAUUGUCAAAUAGUCUGAUUUUGGGUUUUUGGGAUGAUAGAGAUUGAGAUGAUGAAGGAAAGGUUUUCGAAAUUGUUGCUUGGAGAAGAUAUGUCCUGUUGUGGAAAUGGGGUUUGCAUGGCAUUGUUGUUUGUUUCCUAGUUUAAUUAGGUGGCUUGUUAUUGUUUGGCAUCACAUGCAUGAACACGUUGUGCUGUCAUGAGAUGUGUGACACACUUGUAGAUUCAUUUUAUCAACACAGUUUAUCUGAUGGUACUAGCAGGGUCACUGACUUACUGGACAUGAGGACAGUAACACAAAUUCCCAGCACUUCACAGAGCUAUGUCUCACGCUGAAAUUCAGGUUCCAAGAGUCAAACUUGGAAACCAGGGUUUAGAGGUUUCAAGGUUGGGAUUUGGGUGUGCUGGGCUAACUGGGGGAUAUAGUGAUCCCCUGUCUGAUGAAGAAGGAAUUUCAGUCAUAAAGCAUGCUUUCAGUAAGGGAAUCACUUUCUUUGACACAGCAAAUGUUUAUGGAGCCAAUGCUAAUGAAAUCAUGGUUGGAAAGGCUUUGAGGCAGUUGCCGAGGGAUAAAAUCCAGCUUGCCACCAAAUUUGGUCUUCUUAAAGUGGAAGCUGAUGGUAUGGAAGUUUGUGGCCGCCCAGAAUAUGUAAGGAGUUGUUGUGAGGCUAGUCUUAAACGACUUGGCGUGGACUGCAUUGAUCUAUAUUAUCAGCAUCGGAUUGACAAGUUGGUUCCAAUUGAGGACACUAUGGAAGAGCUUAAGAAGUUGGUUGAAGAGGGGAAGAUAAAGUAUAUUGGGUUAUCUGAAGCUAGCCCAGAUACAAUUCGGAGGGCUCAUGCAGUUCACCCCAUUACUGCAUUACAGAUGGAGUGGUCUCUGUGGACCCGUGAUAUUGAAGAAGAGAUAGUCCCCCUUUGCAGGGAACUUGGAAUUGGGAUAGUGGCUUACAGCCCUCUUGGCCAUGGUUUUUUUGGAGGGAGGACAGCUAUUGAGAGUGGGCCAGCAGUAGGUUUAAUGUCUACACAUCCAAGGUUCACGGGCGAAAAUCUAGACAAGAACAAAGUACUAUAUGAGCGAGUUGUGAAGUUGGCUUCUAAGUAUGGCUGCACCUCUGCUCAACUGUCUCUCUCAUGGCUUCUCCACCAAGGUGAUGACGUGAUCCCAAUCCCUGGGACAACCAAGAUUAAGCAUGUAGAUGAUAAUGUUGGCUCCUUGAAAGUGAAGUUCACUGCAGAGGACUUGAAAGAGAUUACAGAUGCUGUGGCCAUCAAUGAGGUGGCUGGUGCUAGAAUCCAUGCAGGGAUAGAAUUGUACUCUUGGAGGUUUGUAAACACACCUUCAAAGAGUAACAAUGCAUCAGAACAAGACUCAUGAUUUAUUCGGUUGCGCUUGACUGGCUUAUUGUUCUUAUAAUUAUAAAACUACUUUGAGGAAAGAGAUUAAUGGUGUGUUUUGAGUUAUGAUACUUGCAGGAAUGCAGUUGAAACUGUAUUUGGUAAACUAUUUGAAAUAAUUUAUGGUAUUUAAUCUUUAUCUCCAAGCUUUUUUGUUAGCAAAUCUUUACCUCCAAGCUAGCAUCAGAUUUUCCCAAGGAAAA